AUGGAAGCUAGAGAUGGCGUUCAGUUUACUCUGUGUUUGAAGCAAUACGACAUUCCGUGUGCUGGAGUAACAGAGAUUGGUUUUCGAAAACUUGGCGAUAGGAAAGCAACGUGGAAAUAUAAUACUUGUAAAAAUACUAGCUCCGGAAGUCCAGCUCCUGGUAGUUCCAAUUUUUGCACUCCAAGUGAUCUCGACGGUAUUCGUGGUGAGUUACGUGGACUCUCUGAACAAAUGUCAUCAUUUCCUAAGUUACUAGAUUCGGUAAAAAAUAUUCAGGCUGAUUUGGCCGAUCUUAAAACGAUUAAAUGUGAGUUGUCGGUUGUGAAAGAUUCGCUGGACUACGUUCACGCUUCGGUUGACACGCUUAUAGCUAGGUUAGCUGAGGUAGAUCGUGAAAUUCAAACACUUCAGAAGACCAAGGAAGGUGUAACCCACCUAGAACAGCGGUUGCAAAAAUUGGAAGCAGUCUUCAAUGCGACACCCAAUAUGAACAAUAUUGUAACUGUAGUUACACAUAGUGAUUGCACUGAAAUACUUAGUAAUUGUCAAGAGGCAGAGGAACAUAACGUGGAAAUUAAUUCACUAAAUACUCCUAGAGAUUUGGGUGUAGAGCUAGCUUCAAGUUCAAGACCUGUACACCAAAAUUACAACUCUGUUUUAGCGCGGAUAGGCCAAGAACCGGAGAUACCAGCAGAGCCAUGUUUUAUCGGCUCCUCGCAUCAAAAUGCGUAUCCGCAUAGUAGUUCUAGUCUCUUAGAAGCUCCAGUUAUCAUUGGAACUUUGCACCAGGAGCCGGCUUUACCUGGUAUACUCACCAAUGACAAUCCGUCGUGCAGUGCGGAUAGGCACGAACCGGAGAUACCAUUAGAUCCACGUUUGAUUGACUCCUCGCCUCAAAAUGUGUUUCUACCUGGUACAGCUAGCAGUCAUGAAAAUGAUAAUAAUGUGGGGGGGGGCAGGCAGGGGCAGGCAUGA